AUGUUCUCCCCGAUUGUCAGUUCGACACUGCAAGCGACCGCCAUCGCUGCUGCAUCCAAUGUCAUCGCCCAGCUCCUCGAACAGCGUAGCAAACAAGCUCCAACGACCGUCUCUGCGGCAGACUUCCUUCGCUUCGUCAUCUUUACGCUAUUGACAGCGCCCCCGAACUACCUCUGGCAGCAUGCUCUCGAACGCGUAUUCCCCGGUCGCAAGCCGAUUGACUCUACAAAAACAGUGUUGCCCCGCUACGAGAUUCGCGAGCACGACGAGCUGCUUGGAGAAGAUGUCUUGCAACUAGAGGAGGAGAUUGAAACAAAGCUGGACUGGAAGAACACCAUGAUAAAGUGGUUCGUCGAUUGCAUGACGUUGGGUGCUUUGUUGAACACGGCUGCCUUUCUCAUCCUCAUGGGUAUCAUGAAAGGAAGGUCGCCUGGUGAGAUAGAAACAGCGCUACGUACGGACAUCUUCCCCAUCAUCUAUGCUAGUUACAAGAUCUGGCCGUUGGCGUCAAUCGUCAACUUUGCAUUGAUUCCAGUGGAGAAGCGGAUUGUGUUCCUCAGUGCAGUCGGUCUUGUCUGGGGCGUUUUUCUCAGCUUGACUGCUGCGAAGCAGUGA